GUCCAUCGCCAGCCGCCUGUGCUACUACCCUCCGUGGCACAAUCUUUCCGCCCUUGUCGAUGUUGAACAAGAGAAGAGCAGGAUCUGCUGGGUGACCCGGCGUCCCGUCGUCUUGACUUCCUCCCCCCGCCUUAAACAAACGAUGCUGUCAAAGAGGCGUCUCUAACGUUCGCCAUGAGUCCAGUAGGCGCGGCCCUGCUCAGCACUACGUUGGCCUGCUACGUCUCCACGCCGAAUAUUGAGCUUUCAUCCGAGAUUAUCUGUUGGGCUGCUCUCGUUCGGCUUGUGUGUAUGAGGAGGCGCCGCGGCAGCCAUGAAGCAACGAGCAAUGGAGUGACGAGUAGUGGGCUCCGUCGGGUAGCCUCAACCGCUUUUGUUUCGACGAGGACGUGGCUGUUCGCCUUGGGUAUCGCCGCCGCGUGUUGGUACCGCGCAGAGGAACGGACUGUCGUUCUCUAUCCGGCACUGACGCCGCUUCUUCUUCUUUCCUCCGGCAUCCGAACGGUUGCUCCUGUCGCAACCGACGCGCCCACAGCUUGGACACCUUUGACGGCGAAAUGGAACUCGGUGCUCAUCGCCACGUUCUCUUGUUUCGCCCUGGUGACUGCCAAUGGGCCUAGUCUGCCGAGUCUCGUCGCGUGCGUCGUGGUGAUCGCUCUGCUCUGUGGAGGCUACCUUGCCGUCUCGCGAUCUGCAACACUCGCCUCGGAUGUCGAUGCUGAAAGCGCCAGCGAUAAGCAGCUCGGAAGCGAUGCGGCAGUUGGUUCCAAAGCUCUAGAUGAGGAAUUGCUGGCAUUGGCACUCUGCACUCUGCCACUCUUGGUCGUCACGGCUAGCAUGCGAAUAGUAGUGCUUCACAGGACGGGGGGAACCGUUGUCCGGGCUGUCUUGGUUGGUGUCGCCAAGGCGCUGAGCUGGUUCUACACUUUGAGGGCGGCCCGGUCCUCGUCAUGGUCCCUUGUUGGCACAAUAGGCACCUUUGCCAUUGCCUCCACCCGCAACAUUCUGUUCGAAGACCAAUCAUCUUACCUAUAUGCGGCAUCUCAAAUCCUCGCGGCUCUCCUCUCUCUCGGCCAGACCGUUCACCUCGUGAGCACAAAAAGCACCAAGCCAUCAUCACACUUAUGGGUCCUAGCAGUCGUUCCCCUGAUUCCCUUGCUAGCAAACCUAUACGGCGUGGGCACACUACUGCAGCUCCGAGAGAGACACCCAAUCGAAACGCUAGCUCGCGCCUCGGAGCUACGGUUCGAGGCGAUGGUAGCAAGGCAGUCGCGUAGUUAUAUCGCCGCGGAAACGGAAUACCGCCGACGAUAUGGUAUUGAGCCGCCUCCUGGGUUUGAGGCAUGGUACAAUUACACCAUAGCCCAUGAGUCGCAUAUCAUCGACGAGUUUGACAUGAUUCAUGAGGCCCUGGCGCCGUGGUUGAAAAUGUCAGGCCUGCAGGUCAGAGGUGUGAUGGAAAGGGCUAACCGCAUUCGUGAUGUUGACUUGUGGAAGUGUGAGCUUAUCGGCCGGACAAAGGAGCUGAAGUGCAAUCACCCGUUCCGAAGUGACGGAUACAUCAAGGAAGCGUUCGAAAGGUGGCUCAAGCUUUUGACGGUAGAGCUUCCGGAUCUGACGUUCCUCGCCAACUACCUCGACGAGCCGCGCGUCAUGCUACGAGGCGAAGGCUCGACGAGCGCCGAGGGCGUCCAAGUGAGCAACAUGGCCAGGCGUCCAAUAUGGGACAAGCUCACGGGGAGCUGUCCUAUAAAGUCAAACUUUUCUCUUCCCGGUCUUCCCGGCCUGGCAGGCCUAUAUGGCGGUGGCGCACACGGCUUGUCGUUUGUGACGGACACGCGUGCGGACAAGGACCUGUGCCAGCACCCCGAGUAUCGCGACAUGCACGGUCUGGUGAUAAGCCCGACGUCAUUCACACUAAUCGAGGGGCCAGUGCCAGUGCUAACACCGGGAACGGUCUCGACGAUGGGCGACGUGCUGUUUCCGAGCCCCUCAUCUACGGGAGAGGGGUUCACGUACGACGACAGCGGCGACGUGGAGUGGGACAAGAAGAAGAACAGCCUAUACUGGGCCGGAUCUACCACGGGGGGCUACGCCGGCAACGACUCCUGGAAGAAGUUCCACCGCCAACGAUUCGUCGCGCUGGCGCGGGGCCUCGACCGCGGGAGGAAGCUCUGGUAUCUCCGCGAGCGGGACGGCAUCUUCCGGCGCGUCGCCUGGCCCGUGCUCCUCGGGAGGGACCUCUUCGACGUGGCGUUCAGCAGCGCCAUCCAAUGCGACGAAAAGUUCUGCGAGGCGCAGCGCGCGUACUUUGACAUGCACGGCCGGGCGGACCAGAACGCGCCCUUUGGGUCCAGGCUCGUCUUCGACCUCGACGGCAACGGCAUCAGCGGGCGCUUCAACAAGCUGCUCGCCUCGCGCUCCGCCGUGCUGAAGCAGACGCUGCUGCGCGAGUGGCACGACGAGCGGCUCAUCCCGUGGGUGCACUAUAUCCCCGUGAGCCAGGGCCUGGGCGAGCUGCCCGAGAUGGUGGCGUGGCUGACGGGCACGGAGGAGGGGAGGAGCAGGGCCAAGAUGGUGGCGGACCGAGGGAGACAGUGGGCUGCGCGGGCCAUGAGGGAACAGGACAGGGCGAUAUAUGUGUAUCGCCUGCUACUGGAGUUGGCGAGGAUCCAGGACCCGGGACGGGAGGCCAUGUGACGAUGGGGGAGAGGCGUGCAUCUGGCGUUGAUGACUUGAACGGGAGAUAGAUGUGGUUCAUGAUCUUCAGAGGUCACAAUAGAGGUCAGUUGCCAAGGCGAAAAGCACUCGGCAGCCGGCGGUCGCCUACUGGAAAACACGGCCAAAACCCGUGGACUGCAGAGUCAGUUUUCAUCCCCAGUUUCACACCUACAGCAGCGUUCUCCUCCACAGUUUCUCUUCCUCUUCUAGC